AUGAAGUACAUAAGAAAGAAAUUAAGCUUGACGGACUUUGGGAUUGCCCACGUCCGCCCCAAGCGAGUGAUCAUCGGAGCUCUAAUAGAGAUCCCCGGUGACGACAAUGAAGACAGAGCGGACAGGUUGUGUGCCGCAAUGUCUCCCCUGGCGGAAGAAAAGGGAGCCAAGGUGUCGAGGCCGAUAAAGACUGUGGAGCUGCGCGUCAAGAGUCUCGACGACUCUGUCUCCCCGGAAGAAGUGAGGGACGCGGUGGCGUCCGCCGAGGGUUGUCGGUCGACCGAUAUUAAGGUCGACCAAACUCGCGCUUCCCCUAACGGACUGCUCACUGCGUGGGUUCAAUGCCUAGUGGCAGCGGCCAGAAGAAUAGUGGGCGACGAUGCCAUAAACGUCGGAUGA